UUCACUAUUCCGAGGAUGGGUAGAUCGUGGAAUCAGGGACGACCCAGCGAUGAACCCGACCCGGGAGCCCCACGAUCAGCCAUGGAAAACCAUCUCAAGGGUCUUCCAACUUGCAAGGAGAAAAAUCGGCAGAAAAGGUAUACUUUAAUGCGAUCUGCCGGGCCCGUCUCAGGGCUGAAUAAUGGGAUUCAGGACCCGGGGGUAAGUCUCAGGUCCACCACCACGAUUGGUCGCCGCUUGGCUGGGCUGCUGCCUUUACAUGCCGAACUAUGGACGAGAACGAAUGCUAGCCAUGAAUUGGUACCGCGCCCUUAUCACUUUCUUGCUAGAAAUGAAGCCUACCAGAGCAGCAAAUCUUAUGACCCACUUCUUCCAAAAAAGGUAUGUUCCUGA